AUGGACAAUGCUGAGACGCAGCCUUUGCUUGGUGAUGUCCCAGGCCCACAGGCCGAUUGCGAGAAGGGAGUGAGUGGACAUCUGGGUCGUUCCCAGCCUGUGCAGGGUUCCAUGGCAACCCCGUCAGAAACCAAAACCACUUCAGGGAAGCCAGUCGGAGGGAUGGAACCAACGACCUCCAACCUCAUGGCAAUGCCGCCUGGACCCCCCAAGCCAGAUCAUCGUAAGAUUUUCCAAGUGAAAGAAGAGCCAGGGGAAGGCGAAGAGCAAUAUCCAGAUGACCCGCACCUCAAAGGUUUUCCUGUGAGACUCGCUGAUGCUGGGCACACUUCUUGUCCAGAAAGCCGUCCAGAAGAUGAUGGGAAUUUUGGGAAAGCCCACCCAAAGGAGGUUGUGGAGAAAGGGGUGGACCCGAGACCAAACCCAUGUGCCAAAAAUUUCAAGAUACCAAAGGUGGUGUCUGUGGGUGUCACUGGCGCAAUCGUCAAAAGCUCAGAGGUUGUGGAUGAUACCCCUGCAGCAGUUGCUCAGGCUACAUACUUGUCCCCAGCAGAACAGAACAACGGAUGUCGAGGCUCUGGUGAGGAUGCUGAAGCAUCCGGGGGUGAGGGUGAGUCUGGGAAUGAGGAGGAGGAGGGGGUUGGAUCAGAGGAGCCGAAGCCGAAGCCUCGCAAGAGGCGCCCCACAGCCAAGUGCAGUGCCAAGGCAAAAUCCAAACCGAAGGCAAAAGCAGCAGCCAAGGCGAAGUGCAAAUCCAGAGCAGCAAAGAAAGCUGCUGCAGCCAGCCCGGAAGAUGCGCAAGGGAAAGAAGCAGUUCCCACGCCAGUUGUUGAGAAGGAAGACGGCUCAAACUCAGAGUCAAAGGUCACAAAAAAAGGAAAGAAGGCAGACCCAGAGACUGCUGUUGAGCGACCUGUGAAGAAAGCAAAGUUGGCCGCAAAGCCCAGCAGAGCCAGAUCGUCUGGUGAAGCUGCUGGAUCUAGUGAGGUCCCGGUGCCCAAGAGCAAAGCAGCACGCAAGAGCAAGAAGGCAGCGCAUGAAGAAGAAAACGAAGAACCUCCGGCCAAUCCCAAACCGUCUGCUGGAUCUAGUGAGGUCCCGGUGCCCAAGACCAGAGCACCCCGCAAGAGCAAGAGCAAGAAGGCAGCACAUGAAGAAGGAGAAGAAGAACCUCCGGCCAAUCCCAAACCGUCUGGGGAGGUCCCGGUGCCCAAGACCAGAGCACCCCGCAAGAGCAAGAGCAAGAAGGCAGCACAUGAAGAAGGAGAAGAAGUGCCUCCCGCCGAUCCCCCUUGUGAGGUGGAUCCCGCCCUUAUCAAGAAGAAGAAGAAGCACAGCAUCCUGUCUACCGCCUACUGUUGUGCCAGGGCCAGGGCCAGAGCGCAAGGUGCAGAUGAAAACGAAGCAAAGAAAGCAGGCCAAGCAGCUUACCAAAAGGCGAAGCUUGACUAUGAGCAGCAGGAGGCCAUCCCGAUAUGUUAUCGUCUUUGCCAGGCUGGAGUGGAAGAGGACGAUGGGUCCCAGGAUGUGGACUAG